AUAGUUUGAUAUCAAGAUUUUUAAGCCUGUUAAAACAUUAUAAAUCUAGGAAGAUGGAUUUCGAAAGUCCAGAUGUAGAAAAAGAAUUUCCUGGAUUAUAUGCAUCAGAAUCAGCCAAAAAAAGUAACGAAAGCGAUUUUAGUGAUGAAGGUGGACAUGAAAAACAUUCCAAAAAGGAACUCCUUGGUGGUAAACGAAAAGAAAAAAAAGAUCGAAAAGAUCGAGGAUAUGCCACAUUAGAAGGAGAAAGUUCCCCUGACGAAGAUCAGGAAACAAAAAGUCCUUCAAAGUCAAAAAAGACUAAAGCUUUCAAGUUUCCAUCAAAGAAAGAAAAACGUGAAAAAUCCAGAGAAAAAGAAGGUAAAGAAAAAGAUGGUGAAAAAGAGAAAGAUAAAAAGAAAAAAGAUAAGGAUGAAAAAGAUAUAGAGAAAGAAAAACGUAAAGACAAAGACAAAGAUAAAACAAAACAAAAAUUUAAAGAUCGUAAAAAAGGAAAACACACUGCAGAAGAUGGAUUAGAUAUUGGAGAGGGGCAACCAGUAUUUGGCGUUAGUCUGCAUUUAGCAGUGGAAAGAAGUCGUUGUCAUGAUGGCAUUGAUUUACCUUUAGUUGUGAGAGAUUGCAUUGACUUUACAGAAGAACAUGGAAUGAAUAUAGAAGGCCUAUAUAAAGUUCCAGGAGUUAAAUCAAAAGUUCAGCAUUUAAAAAAAUUAUAUAAUCAUAGGGAGUUUGUAAAUUUAUCUGAAUUUGAACCUACAGUAGCUACAAGUUUAUUAAUAUUAUUUCUUAGGGAACUGCCAGAGCCUGUCUUAGAAAGCAGUGAAAUGAUAUCUAGAUUUGAACAAGCAGCAUCAACAAAAGAUGUUGCUCAAAGAGAAGCACAAUUAUUACAUUUAACUCAGCAACUUCCUAAAUGUAAUAAUGUUCUUUUAGCAUGGAUUAUAUUACAUUUAGAUCAUGUCACAAUACGAGAAAAAACUACUAAAAUGAAUGCUCAAACCAUUUCAAUGACAUUAAGUCCUGUAUUACAAAUGAGUCAUAGAUUAUUAUUAGCUUUGUUGUUUCAUUGCAAAGCUCUUUUUCCAAAUGUAAAAUUAACAAAAUAUGUGCCACCACUUUCAUCUGGUAGUAUUAAUCUUCCAGAUUCUGUAGAAAGCAUAAUAGCUGAAUUAUCUAAACAAGAAUCAUUACUUUCGCAAAUACACAUGCAAAUGAAUGCAGGUUUUGUUACAAAAUUACGCGAAGAACAAUUAUGGGAAGUGCAACGUAUGAUAACACAAUUGAAGAGAAAAUAUAAAACAGUUCAAAAGAUGGAAGGUGCUGCGCAGAAAAGUUUAGAUGAAGAAGUAAAAUCAAAUGAUGAAAUUGUAGUAGAAUUAAAUAUACAAAAAACAAAAACAGAAGAAGAAGAUAUAGAAUAUGCAAAAUCGGAAACUCAAUCAAUGUCUACAUUAACAUUGAAAAAGGAUAAUAAAGUACACAUUCUAGAAGACAAUAAAGAACCAACAAAUACAAAUAUUAUUCAAAAUGAACGAAAUGUUCAUGCACAUGAUAAAGAUAUUAUUGAUUCUACUGAAAUAUCUACAAUUAUACCACAAUUUAACGAACAAGAAAAUAUUUCAUCUAUAAUAAAUGAAAAUGUUUCAGCAGUAGAACUUGAACAUGAAAAUGCUAUUGAUAAAUUGAGAGAGAGUUUAAUUUAUGAAGAAUUAUUGAAUAUGCAAGCAUUACUAAAAUCGCGAAUAAAUCAAGAAAAGAACGAAAUUAAACGAUUAAUGGAAAUAUUAAUAGAACGUGGUCCUGAAAAGAAAAAACCAAAAGAACGAGCACAUUCGCCGAAUGAAGCAGAGAUGACAGCUAUGAUACAAUUAGUUAAAGAAAAUCAGUUACUUGAGAAAAAAAUGACUACUUUAAUUCGCAGUAUCAUAGAAGAAAAGGAUGCUUGUAUAGAACUACGUGUUCAAUUAGCAGUUCAUCAAUUAGCAGCUAAAACCUGACCAUUAAUUAUAAAAUAUUUUUAAUUCAUUAAAAAAAAACACAAAUUCUGAAAAUAUGUAACAAGAUAUUUUGCACAAAAUGAACAUAUAUAGUUUAUAAGAUGUUAUUAUAAUAUUUUCUUGACUCAUUCUAUUCUCUUGUAAAAUAAUAAAAAAUAUAUAUUGAACAUAUAUUUAAA